AGGCGCAAGCUGUGACACACCUCCUCCUCCAUCACGCACCAACACAGAGGCACCAGCGAGAGCGAGAGGGACGAGCUGGAUGAUGCAGAUAACAUCAUGAAGGACGAGUGCUCGGCUACGGGAGAAUCGCAGCAGGUGCGAUAAGGCUGAGGCUUCAACUCGCGGAGAAAUAACAGGCUGCCGCUCUUCACCAUCAUGUCCACCGCAUCCGAUCAGCAGCUCACCGCCGACACGGCGGUCUUGAUCCUAAAUGGAACUGACAGGAGAGCCGUGAAGUUUCUUCAAGAUGACCAGAACCCAUCCCCCUGAGAUACUGGCGUCAAAUCUGUACCAGGACAUCACACUAGGCGACAUUACUGGUCACUCCGUUUCUCUCCAUUCCUCAAAGCAAUGUGACUUGAAAAUGCUCGAUAAAUCGGAGAUAAUUAAUAAAAGACACUGCCGUAGUUUUGACUUCAUUGAAUCCCUGGAUGACCCACAGUCCUUCUCCUCAAUGGAGCAACACUACAAUAGGCCUGAAAAUCAGCCAUUAAACAAAGAUCUCUGGAAUGGACUUGAUCAGCCAGGCCAUCUUCGAUUUUCAUCUCCUGACCUUUUUAAUACCAAGCAGUUCCAGCAGCAAGCUACCGAAGACAAAACAAAUUAUCUUACGUGGUCAGAGUCCAAAAAGAGGUCAAGGUCUAAAAGUGCCCCUAGACUAAAGGCUACCCUCACCCCUGUCCCCAUCUCUGUAUCUCCACCACAAGCCAGGAAUGGCAGGGACGGAUCUCAGGCUGUUUCAGAUUUCAUGAGGACUGCUGAAAUCCAACGAGAAUCCACUAGCAAGCCUUUCUUGAAUGAGGUGCAUCCUAUUAAACUACAGCCCCACACACCCCUCUAUGUCUCAGACUGUUUUGAGCAGGAUAAAACUGAAAAACCUGCUGUAAGCCCUCAUGUCAGGUGCCGUGUGGACAUCAAACCAGAUGCUGCUGUACUGGAGCACACAUCAAGGCAGAUUCCCAACACACAUGGUGAACAUCUUUGGCAAAGGUACUCACAGGCCAGUAGCAGGUCUGGUUUAUAUGUCCCACGGCACAUUGCCUCUUCUCCAACACCAACUCCAAGCGAAUGCUAUAGUGGAGAUUUUAGACAAGGAUAUCUCUAUACCACCAGCAUGUCUCCGAUCUCUUACCAGCAUCUAGACACACACCGGAUGCCGUCACCAACAACACCAUAUCUGAGCCAAGAACACAGAGCCUAUUCUAAUCCUAACAUACCAACAAAGUUUUUCUAUACAGAGGAUGCUGUCCGGUAUCCACUUCAUCCCUAUGCUAGGACGUAUUUCCAGGAUGAUCGGUCCAGCCUAACCAGUUUUGGUAGUACAACCCCAAGUCAGUAUGAUCCAAGGACUCGAUGGGUGCACACACUUCCUGUGAGGUCAUACUAUACCGACCACCUUACCAACAGAGAGGCAGCUCACUCUGUAUAUAACAGACCUUACUCCACAAGUGAGAGAGGUUCAUAUUUUUCCCAAACUCCACUUUCUACAGCUUACUAUGGAGAAGACAGUCGGUUCACUCCAUACAAUAUGAAUAGCUCAAGGUCGUUUUGUUCUAAACCGCUCUCUCCUGAAGAGCAGUACUUUCCACCAAGGCUAUACAACACAGAGGGUUAUCGACGCCCUCGAAUGUCUCAGGCCUUUUCAGAUGACUGGUAUCGCUCUAGUAUUUCUGGUUUCUCCAGCCACUCAUCGCAGAACACACCACCAAGAGUGAGACAAGACCUCAGCAUUCCUCCAUGGUUUACUAACAGCUAUACAGAGGCCAGUCGACUUGGAGCUGAUGUCAAAAACCACUCUAAGUCUUGGGACAACAUCAUCUGUCCACGGCACGAACGAGAGCAAACUGUGCCGCGUGGACGUAGCUAUGAAAAUCUCUUUCACCAAGCAAGGCAAGGGACAACCUCUGAUGUUACAGCUAAGCCGGUCAUACUUAACCUUUCGAGUUCACCAAGGCGCUAUGCUGCGCUAUCUUUAUCAGAGAACUCUUUGGAGAGGAAUUCAAACAAACCAUGGAGAAAUUCUAAGAGCGCAAACUGGUUUGUUACUCCAGAGAUCACCAUAACAGACAAUGACCUAUGUGCAGGAAAUGCCAGGUGUCGUGAUGUCCAUUCUGUCAGCUGGGAUACUUCUGAUGGUGAUAAGGCAUCAACUCAGAGGCUACUUAAUGAAAAGAAGCAGUCCAACACAGAGACAGAAAACACCAAAGAAAGGAAACAUAAUAACUUCUCCCUCCAGCAGAGUUUGGAACAACUGGAUGAACUCUUAGCUGAUUUGGUGGUUGACUACAAACCCCCAACGAGCAAAAAGUCCAGUGAAAAUCUUUUAGACCAGUUAAAACAACUGAUCACUGAAGACAACGACAAAAACACAGAAUCCCCGGGACUCGAAAACUUAGAAUGCCUCAGCAGACAGCUUCCAUCCUCUAAAUCCAGCCCAGACACAUUGAAAGAUCCUGAUAGUGGGUGUGAUGCUUUCCAAAGGAGCGCAGAAGAAUGUUCUCCAGACCACAGCACAGAUGAAGAUGACACUAUGGCAUGUGCUAAUAAGAAGUGCAAUCGGAUUGAGAGCAUGUUCAAUGCUUGCUUGUACUUCAAGUCCUGUCACAGUUGCUAUACCUUUUACUGCUCAAGAAAUUGUCGUAGAGAUGACUGGGAGAUCCAUAAAGAGACAUGUCUGUAUGGUCGUGUCAGCAGUGUGUGUCGGCAUACCCUUAAGUUCUGCAGAGAGAGUUCAGAAAUCCACAAGGCCUUCUCACGCAUUGCUAAAGCAGGCUACCUCUCCAGAGGGAGAGGAGUUCUCUUUUUGGGUUUUGCAAAUCCAGAGACUGCAGAGAACUUCUUGCAAGUUGGACUGGAAAGCCUCCUCAUAUCUCCUACAUAUUUGUCUCUUAGAGAGCUGGAUGGAUUUAAGGACAACCUAGGAGAAUAUUGCAAGGAAUUGCAGCAGGCAGGCAAUGAAUAUGACCCCAAUGAAUGUUUCCUUCUGAAUGUUUCAGUAGCUGUUGGUGAACUAGUGCCUAACAGACCUUCACCAAGGGUCCCAGCACCAACAGUUAGAAAAUAUGCAAAGGUGUCUUUGGCCUCCUCGAGUCCAGACAAAAAAGUGCUCAAGAAGGAUGAAGAAAUGGAAACUCUCAUUCUUACACCACCUCCAGGCACACCCGACAUUGACAAAGAAGGGGAGGAGGGAAGGAAAGCGAGGGAGGUGUGCUUCGUCAACAUCCAGCGUGAACUCAGGACCAGGGGAGUCUUCCUCCGUCAUGAGUACCCCAAAAUCUAUAAUCAGCUGUGCGAGUUUGUGGAGAGUAACAAAAGGUUCACUCCCACAACAAUUUACCCGAUAGACAAGAGAACAGGGAAGCAGUUCAUGUGCAUGAUCAUGGCGGCAUCUGAGCCAAGAACACUUGACUGGUUGGGUACUCCUCAUCUUUUAGAUGAUAUUAUAUAGCAUAGCACUUAAUAGUAACAAUAAUGAUGUCAGCAGCACUAAUUGUAUUUACUGUUAAUUCAUAUGGUGGUUUGGAAAAUUGAACAACUGUAUAUGUAUAAAUAUGUGACUUAACUUACUCAUUUUCUCACGCUCUCUUAGUUUUGUCUGUUCCCAAACUCUCCCCCAAUUCAAAGACAAAACAAAUGCACUUUUAAAGGUUUACCUGUGUUGGCUUGUUUCGAUCAUGAUGCACUCAGAAGAACUUAUAGCCUGCAUGUAGACUAGGCUUAAACCCAAUUAUUCAGGUGUUUUAAAGUGUAGAAAGACAAUAUAUCAAGCACAUAUUAUUCAGGGAGUGCACAUCCAUUCACUCCAUAUUGUAGUAAAGCCAGCCCAUACCAUAUUGCAAUGGUAAUUUUAUUUUCACUAUCAAAUGUUAUAUCAGAAAUUGAAAUGCCAUGUUGCAGUGGUUGUAAUAUUACAACUGUUUGUAUUCAAGUAUUUCCUUGGUAUGGUUAUGUGGAUAUUAUUUAGCAACACUUUAUUCAAUGAUGUUUCAUAGACAAAGAAGUACAAUCGAACCAUCUAUUUUUUUUGCCAGUCUGACUAAGCAUUUUAGUUGGAGCUUAUCUCAUUUAAUACUAAUGCUUGAUGUCAUUCUUGUAAAAAUUGCUUAGUAUGAAAGUGGCCUUCAGUUAAGAACAAACAAAUGCAUUUGACACAGAGCAAUGUAUGGGAUAGAUAUUUCUAAAGUAUUAAGAGCUUUAGAUAUAGGUUGUUUAACUAGAACUGUACAUAGAUAACUAUUUUGCUCAAAGCAUGUUAUUUAUAUUUAAGUAUUUUAAAUUGCUUUUGCUUAUAAGUGAAUUUAUUAUGUUGACAACAGCUGCUGCUUAAAAAUGCAAGAGGUAUAUCGCACAGUAUUUACUUGAUAUUGGAUCAUUUGAACAUCUUGACCUAGAGACCUCAUUGAAACUAUUACCACCACACAUUCUGAAUUAAACAUAUGCAAUGAAAGAGCAACCUUGAUUUGUAAAAUCCUAUUUUACUAUAAAAAAUGAAUAAUUCCUUUAAAUUAAGAGUUGUUUGCACUAAGACAUGAGUCCUAAAAUGAUAGUUCUUAACAAAGCUCCAGCACUGAACUUAGCCUGCUUUAAUUGCCCUUGUUCACUAAGCUAAGGUUGCUCUUUUACUGGAUUAUAUAUCUUUGUGCAAGAGCUCUCUUCAAGUUUCUAUUUUGUGAUGUUUCUAACCUCUGUAUAAAUAUAUAAUAAAUGGAUUUUAACAAGUG